GCGAGUUUACCUUUUGCCACCGCGAAAUGUGAGCAUGAUUUUGGGCGCCGGAAGUUCCGGAAACGGCGGCAAAAGUCGCCUUGUUUUAUGAUGAACAAACAGAAAUUCGUGUUAGGUAAACAUUAUUAUCGUCGUAAUCACUUUUGUUCGGUUUGGAAACAGUGGAGUUUUGUCAUGAAUGCAAAUUAGUGGUCACGUGGGGUGUCGUUAAACGUCGGUUACCUCAAAAAGUGCGAUUUUGUUUAUUGCUAGAGUCAAUAGAUUGAGCAAUUGUUUGUUGCAACCUCAGUUUUUGCAUGUUCUUGGGUUUUGUUUUUUUUUGACAAAUGGUUGGUGGUUGUGAAAAUGGCUUACGUCAUUUGGAGAGUUGUCAUGAAAAAGUACUCGAAGAUCAGGUUGGGAUUAAAUGGUUCAGCGGUGACUCCAGCCGGCCGCCACGCCCUCACCUACAAUGAGGAGUCGUGGAAGCCGUCGUCCGAGGACUCCCCCAAAGUGGAGGAGCUCUCCCGAUCUAGUGACACUCGUCAAAGUACGAGCAAGCGGGUCAAAAAUUAUCUCAAAAAGUGCAAAAAUGCGUUAAAGUCCGGGAGUUCGGAGAGCCACGAGGAGGCCGCCUCCACCUCGUCGUGGUACUUGGAUGAGCUUAUCAGCGUGAGUGAGGUGAACGAGCUCGAGGAUAUUUACGAAGAUGUGCAAGUGAAUGUUGACAAUCGUGAUGUUUAUCAAGUGGCUAGUGUUGUUGAUGUUAUCAGAAAUGAGAGCAGGAGUGCGGAUGCUGGGGUCGAAUCCUCCUCUCCUCCUUUGACGGAAGAGCAAGGGAAGGUUGAGGAGGGAGUUGAGGAGAUGCCCACAUCAACGGUCAAGAGCGAUGUGGCCAGUUUGGUGGAGAAGUAUUUCGGGGAUUUGUAUGAGAAUUUUCAACGGUCGAAGAAGUGUUUGGUCAGACAGGCGAGGGAUUUGCUCGUCUGCGAAUAUCAUGGAUGUUUACACAGAUUUGAGAAUGAAUUCUGCAUACAGGCUGCGAAAUUGUUGGAACGUGUUAAGUGCAAAGUCCCGUUGGCCGGCUCCGCGCCUCUAGGAUGGCCCCUGAGCCUCGGUCCAUCCGGUGUAGCGAUCCACCUGGGCCCUCUCGAUCCCUCCGUGCUCAGGAACAGCGACUGCUACUUGUGCAUUAGGGGCCGAAGCGCUCCCGGCCUCGAAUUGGCCCUCAUCUGGCGCCAAAAUUUGCACAUUCACUGCCACACCAUCGCCGAAUUCAAAGAUCCGCUCAGGAAUCUCGAAGACAUAAUGUGCUCGAAUCUGCGUUCAGUGGCCGAUUUGGAACUGAUGUCGUAUGAUGAUUACGACGGUGCUGAGUUGCCGGAGCUUUUGCAGAAUUUGUUAGUGUCGGUGGAGCAUGCCAUCGAGAGGGUGCCUCUGGAUGAUUUGACUUUUCCGUGUCCGCAGUGUCUUCAGUAUUUGCCGCUGGAUAGGCGGGAAGAGGAAGUGAUGUCGUGUGCCUGUCAGUGUUCUUGUAGGCUGCCCGAGAGUCCGGUGCUCAAGAGGGAUUCCGCCAUGCAAACUAGUCCAAUGUUUGAGUUUGCGGGGUCUAUACCGCAUAUUGAUAGCGAUGAGGAGGAUGAUAAGGACUCGAUCAUAAGUGGAUCUUCGAGUCGAAAGGUGGAAAUUGCCAGGCCGAAAAGGAUAACGGACCUCCCGGAGAAACUCCUCAUGUCGGGGAUCAAUUUGCCAGGAACGGCAGAUAACGACGGAAGACCUAUUGUCCUAUGUUAUGCCGAGUGUGUGCUGAGGGCCGGACUCAACAAGUACGAGAUUGCCAAGUUAUUGUUGUACUACUCGUCCAUUCCCACACUGGAAUGCUCCAAAAACGGAUUCACAAUUCUGCUUUUGGCAGAGAAUGAAAACAGUAACAAGGUUCUGGAACUACUGGAUAAAUCGGCCGCUUUGGUGGCCAAUACGAUGAAAAUUGAUAGGUUUCUGGUGUGGAAACCAGGAAGCCAACAGGAGAAGAGUCAAGUAACUAGUCGAAUCCCGGCCAUCGUCAUCUGCGACGAGCAAACCCUCUCCAAGUACCUCACAAAAGACGAGACUCCUGCGAGUUGUGGCGGUUCCUGCAGCCAUGACCAACUCGAAUGGGUCGAAUUUUUCAAGCAAGUGGAACCAUUUUUGGCCUCUUGUAAAGCGGCAGGACGGAGUCUCCUCUCCGUCUUGUCGCAAUUGCGUAACGAGGAUCUCCCUCAUCAAGUCACUCGGAGAUUCCUCAACCAUCAAUGCAGGCAAAUUUCCAAAGCUUUGGAUUUGGAGCAAGUGGUCAAGCUUCGCAAAGAUGGCCCUAAAACCAUCUCCAGUGUCAAAGAACGCGCCCAAUGGCUGAGUGGAAGCAAAGACGUGAAACGCAAUGUGAGUUUUUCGGAGGCUUCGUUCAAUUCAGUCGAACGGGUGAGCAAACGGUUGGAACAGUUGAGACAGGAAAGGGUUGAAAGGUUGAGGGAGUUGGCCAAGUUUACUUCGCUGAGAGAGGAAGCAGACGAGCUCGUGUCGUGGUUCCGCAAAGCUGGCGAAGACAACAUCAACAGUCUCACCACAAAGUUGAAAUCGGCCGCCGACGUCCUCGCCGUCAAAGAAGUGGCCGACGACUUCGAAAAAUUGGACUUUAUAGCCUGGAGACAAUUUGAAAAAUCCACCGAUUUGAUCGAAGAAUGCAAGAACAUCAAAGAUCCUAAAGAGCAGAAUCUGAAGGAAACAAAUGGCAAUCGCCAUUUCCGGGACAAGUACCAGACUUUGAAGGAUUCUGCUACCAACCUCUUGACACAAAUGAAGGCUUUUAGGGAACGGUUAGAGGACAUCAAGGAACGUCUAGAAGAAUGCAAUAGGUGUUUUCUACUUUUAGACUCGGAAAAUGAUCAAAAGGACGUGGAGGAGUUUAUCAAAAUGGCUGAAAGGUCCUCCAAUGAGAAGCUUCUCCAGAAAUGCAAAGCUUUCAAGAGAAAGGACGCUAAGCCCCCCGAUGGGUCCUCUCGUGACCCCCCAACCGCCACCAGUACACCUGUCAAGUCCCACAAUACUCAAAUCCGUCGCAGAUCUGUCAGUUCUUUGGCUUUCAUCUACCAUUGCAACCACCACGCGGCUGGUGAAUUGUGCAACUGUUGCGAAUCCGAUACCGAAAACUCCGUUUCGUACAAAUUGAAGAAAAAAUACAUUCAAACCCUCCAAACGUGCGUUUGUAAAGACACUCUUGAACGUAAAAACAGUGCCACUCUUGACGAAAUCAAAGAAGAAAGUGUGGAGAAUCUUCUUGAUCAUCGUUGUGACAGUGGGUUGUCGACGGCGGAUAAUUCAGUUGGGGAAGAAAGUGUGUGUAAUAAGAAGAAAGUGCAAAGGACUUGUUCGUGCCAGUAUUCGGGGUGUAGUGCGGGUAGUUCGAGCGCUGGCUCGAAUCAGGACCAUACGGAGAACCAGCAGGAUAGUAUAAUUGAAGAAGGAAGUGAUGGGUUUAAUAAGAGUAGCAGCGAGGAUAUUGAAGAGGAACACUAUGGGGAAGAAAGAAGAAAAGUCCCUCCGAUUCCGGCCAAUAAGCAUUUGUAUUGCCAUGCGUCGAGUCUCGACUUGCCUUCAGAUGCGCUUUACAGUAACAUGGAUCCAAAGACUCAAAAGACGUUAACUUUUAUCAUUAAGGAAAUGAUUGAGACUGAACGCGACUAUGUCAAAUCACUGGAUUACAUAAUCGUCAAUUACAUCCCAGAAUUGAUGCGCGAAGACAUUCCACAAGCUCUGCGAGGCCAACGCAACAUCAUUUUUGGCAACGUGGAAAAAAUCUACGAAUUCCAUAGCCAACACUUCCUCCACGAACUGGAAGGAUGCGAGAGCAAUCCUUUACAAGUUGGCCAAAUUUUCCUCAAACACGACAAAAAAUUCUACUUGUACGCCCUGUACAACAAGAAUAAGCCAAAAUCGGAUUCGCUCAUGUCGGAAUAUGGCUCCCUAUUCUUCAAGAGUAAACAGUUGGAGCUUAAAGACCGGAUGGACUUGGCCAGUUACUUGCUCAAACCGGUGCAACGUAUGGGCAAAUACGCCCUGCUUUUGCAACAGAUGAUGAAGGCUUGUGUGGGGCCCACCAUGGAGCGGCUCCAAGAACUGGAAGAUUUGAAGCAAGCGGAAGAAAUGGUGAGGUUCAAGUUGCGGCAUGGGAACGACUUGCUUGCCAUGGAUUCGAUUAGAGAAUGCGAUGUGAAUCUCAAAGAACAAGGAAGUCUUCUACGCCAAAACGAGUUCCUGGUUUGGGAAGGCCGCAAUGGGAAAAAAUCCCUAAGACAGGUUUUUCUUUUCGAAGAGUUGAUUCUUUUUAGUAAGGCUCGAAGGUUCCCGGAUCGUAAGAACCUCGAUUUGUACAUUUAUAAAAAUAGUAUCAAAAUGACUGAUAUUGGAUUGACGGCGAAAAUUGGAGAUAGUUCGACGAAAUUUGAGAUUUGGUUCAGGAAAAGGAAACCGAAUGAUACUUUUACGUUACAAGCGAUGUCAGAGGAUGUUAAAAAGGCUUGGACUGAGGAGUUGUCGCAGCUGUUAUGGAAGCAGGCCAUUAAAAAUAGAGCUGUGCGAAUGGCGGAAAUGUCGUCAAUGGGCAUCGGCAACAAGCCCUGCCUCGACAUCCGUCCCAGCGCCGAUCAAAUCAGCGACCGUUCAAUCAGCGUCGACCAACUCACCAGAACACUCACCCCUGUAAUAACCUGCCCAUCAAGCCCUAUUCGACUAAUGGAAUGCGCUUGCUUGCGCUGCUGCAGCGACCUUAACGCUUACAUGCACAAUCCCUCCGACCUUUUGCAUGCCGCUCCGAGAUUCAGAAAUUCUAUCGUAGGUCCGGUGAUCGAGUCCUGCAGGAAUGCCAAACGGCCACAUUCGGUCAUCUCCAUGUCGUCGAGCGUGUCCUCGGGGAGCACCAGCUCGGCGAAUAGCGGGGGACAGAGUAAUUCGAUGAAUCUCAGCUUCGAAUCGGCUUGCGAUAGCCCCAAGCCCUAUCAUAGAUCUGCCACGCUCAAUAGCCAAUGUUCCACGGAGAGUGGGAUAAUAGCGGACAUGUCGAUGGGUUCGGACGAGUGCUCCGAGCAGCCCCACGCUGGCCUUUAGAAGAAUCAAAUUUGCAGUUUGAGUUAGGGAAUUUUGGCUGUUUUAAGUCAACACACACCAUGUGCCAGAUUAUAUACCAGUUAGUUUUAAGUUAUAUAUUUUGAUUAUAUGAAAUUAUUUAAGCACAGUUUUAUGUCAUAGUAUGUAUAAUUGUUAUGACAUUGAAACACUAAUGAAUACUGUAUAUAUUUUUAAGAUUUACCUUUAUUUAUGUGAAAUAUAACAAAUCCUAUCAUUGAAAUAUGAAAAUUUCGUUGUGUACUUUGUACUUAAAUUUGAAUUUAACAUUUGUGCACAUUUUUUAUUUAGAAUACAACACUCACCAUAGUAUCAGGGAUUUUUCAGCCGCUUUUAUAGUGUACUUUAUUAACUUACUAAUGAUACGAAGAAAUUUCAGCAACACUAAUUUUAUGAUAGGGAAUAUGUAUGUAUAGUCAGUACAUAUGCAUGUCUGAUUUUUAUAUUAAAAUUGUAGUCAUAAAUAUAUAUAAUAAAUAUGUAUAAAAACAA